AUGGGUGCCGGAAAGCCUCGUGGUCUCAACGCCGCGCGCAAGCUGCGCAACAACCGUCGCGAGCAGCGAUGGGCCGAUCUCCAGUACAAGAAGCGUGCCCUGGGUACCGCCUUCAAGUCCUCUCCCUUCGGCGGUUCCUCCCACGCCAAGGGCAUCGUCCUUGAGAAGGUCGGUGUCGAGGCCAAGCAGCCCAACUCCGCCAUUCGAAAGUGUGUCAGGGUUCAGUUGAUCAAGAACGGCAAGAAGGUCACCGCUUUCGUCCCCAACGACGGUUGCCUCAACUUCGUCGACGAGAACGACGAGGUCCUCCUGGCCGGUUUCGGUCGCAAGGGCAAGGCCAAGGGUGAUAUCCCCGGUGUUCGGUUCAAGGUCGUCAAGGUCUCUGGUGUCGGUCUGCUCGCCCUGUGGAAGGAGAAGAAGGAGAAGCCCAGGUCUUAA